UCAAUUCUCAACUGUCAUUAAUAUCCAUUUCUUUUUCUUUCUCUUUCUCUUUCUCUCUGAUAUCAUAUUCCAAACAAAAGGAGAAGGAGAAAGAGAAAGAGAAAGAGAGAGGGAGUUUUUCAAAGAAAGCUUCUUUUUUCUUCAAAAUUUAUCAUAUCAAAUUUCCAUUAAAACAACCCACAGAAGAACAAACUAAAAUUCUUCCAUUACCCAGGUCAAAAGGAAAAAAAAAAACGAAAAGAAAAAUAUCUUCUUGAUCUUUUUGAACUAUUAUCAAUACUAUUACGUAUAAUGCAGGCACAUAUAUUAACAAGAUUGUAAAUUGGACCAUGACCAUCAGGUGCACCAAUAUACACUGACUCUUUUCUUCUCUUUGAAGAAUGAAAGGCCAAGGAAAUUAAAUGGGAUUUUCGGGUUUACUUUCUCUAUAUAUAAUUUGAGGUGAUUUUGAGGAGACUGGAAAAAAUGGAGGAGCGCGAAGAGAGGAUUUGUGUAUCGGUGAGGCUAAGGCCAUUGAAUGAGAAAGAAAGAAACGAUGUUACAGAUUGGGAAUGUAUCAAUGACACAACUAUUAUAUACAAAAAUGUUAGCCUUUCGCCAUCAGAGCGCUUAAUGUAUCCCUCUGCAUAUACAUUUGACAGGGUAUUCACCAGUGAUUGCUCUACAAGACAGGUUUAUGAAGAAGCAGCUAAAGAAGUUGCUCUUUCCGUGGUCAAAGGAUUCAAUUCAAGUGUUCUUGCCUAUGGCCAAACAAGCAGUGGAAAGACCUACACUAUGAUUGGAAUAACUGAAUAUGCAAUAGCAGAUAUCUACGAAUACGUGCACAAGCACACAGAAAGAGACUUUGUUUUGAAGUUUUCUGCCAUGGAGAUAUACAAUGAAUCUGUUCGAGAUCUCCUUGGUGAAGGUAGCAGUACUCCACUCAGACUUCUAGAUGAUCCGGAGAGAGGGACCGUUGUUGAGAAACUCACUGAGGAAAUAUUGAGGGAUUGGAACCAUGUGAUUCAUCUCCUUUCUAUAUGUGAAGCUCAGAGACAGAUUGGGGAGACUUCCCUCAAUGAAACAAGCUCUAGAUCUCACCAAAUCAUCAGACUGACAAUUGAAAGUUCCGCUCGUGAGUAUUCAGGCAACGACAACUCGAGUACCCUUUUAGCUACUGUGAAUUUUGUCGAUUUGGCUGGAAGUGAGCGGGCAUCUCAGUCGUUGUCAGCUGGUACAAGGCUGAAAGAAGGCUGUCACAUAAACCGCAGCUUGCUGACCCUGGGCACUGUUAUUCGUAAGCUAAGCAAGGAUAGGAGGGGUCACAUUCCUUUCCGAGAUUCAAAGCUAACUAGGAUAUUGCAGCCCUCAUUAGGCGGCAAUGGUAGAACUGCCAUCAUCUGUACAAUUAGCCCUGCACGAAGUCAUGUUGAGCAAUCAAGGAAUACACUACUGUUUGCGAGUUGUGCAAAGGAAGUAACUACUAAUGCCCAAGCGAACAUAGUAAUGUCAGAUAAAACAUUAGUGAAGCAUUUGCAGAGGGAGUUGGCAAGAUUGGAAAGUGAGUUAAGGUAUCCUAGGGCUUGUAUAUUCCCUUCAGAUUACGAAGCGUUACUGCAAGAGAAGGACCAUCAAAUACAACAGCUGGAGAAGGAGAUAAAGGACUUAAUUUUGCAACGCGACAUUGCUCAGAGUCAAGUUAAAGAUCUGUUGAAGCUGCUUGGAGAUGAUGUAAUACAGGUUGGUUUUGGACACUACCCGAAUCUGCGUGUGAAGAGAUCACCAGAUUAUCAAAGCCCAAUGCAACAGAUUUCCCUAUUGAGAGAAACUCGUUACAUAGAUGUUGAUGUUAGAGCACGUUCAAUGGGACAUAGUAGGUGUAGCUCUGAGGAUCAGUUUAUACACGUGCCAGAGUUUGAAGAAACAAUCUUUCGCAACAAUGCAUUUCCAAUGCUAUUAGUUGGCAGUUCAAAUAAUAGCAGAAGUGAUUCAUGUCAGGGAUGGGAUGAUCAAGCUGAAAAACAAAGUAACAAGACUUCUGAGGAUCUAUGCAAGGAAGUUCGUUGCAUUGAAACAGAAGAAUCCAGUGUCAAGGGAACACAGUAUUCAUUUCCUGAAGAAAAUGGUCGCUUUCCAGCUUUAUUUACCAUUAUAAAUGGGGAAAGAAUAAAUCACGGAACAAUAUCACCUCGAUCAGUGACACCUCAGCAUAAGGAAAACGGGGAGUUGAAACCAUCACCGUUUAAAGAAGACCAAGAAUCAGUGUCAUCAUCAUUUUUCGAGGAAGGAAGGAAUUCCAAUAGAGAUUUAGUGUCAUUUCCCUUAAGGGUUGAGCAAGCCCUUGAAUCAUCAAAGUGCAAGGACGACAAAGAGUCCGCGCCAUUGCUGUUAAAAGAAGAGAAAGAAGAGAAAAAAUUAAUUUGUGUUUAUUCCUCAAAUGCUCCUCCAGAAAAAUUAUCCUCACCAUGUGAUAGAAAUUUGAAGUUAUAUAAAAGUACAAGUUGCAAAGCUAGCAUAAUUAUUGAUCGAUCUUCUCCAUGCUUAGAGGAGUCCAACAGAAAUGAAAAUGCACCACCAUCUGACCUAGAAAGAGAUUUCAAUGCAAGACCUCAGGAUUCAGAAAUGAGAAUUUGUCCUAUGAACUUUGGCUCUGAUGUUAAGUGUUCUUCAGGAAAUGGUCCCUCCUUUCAUGAAGAGGGUGCUGUCAAUAUUGAACUUGAGGUUCCAAAGAGGAAACCUUUUACUAAGGAGGAUGUCAACAAUGCUGAUGGUGCAUGCAGUGCAAGGGUGAAUGAAAUGGACGAGCUUCAACAUGAAACGGGUGUCAAAGAAUAUCAUGAGGCUGAAGCAGAGCAUGAUAAACCUUCAAAGAGUGUCAGAGAUGUUGAGCCACUUGAAGAUGAUUAUAAAAGUUGUUACAACUGGCCCUCCGAAUUCAAGAGACUUCAAAAAGAGAUUAUAGAACUUUGGCAUGCUUGCAAUGUCUCCUUGGCACACAGAACAUACUUCUUCCUUCUUUUCCAAGGUGAUACCACAGAUGCUAUAUACAUGGAGGUUGAAAUUAGAAGAUUAAACUUCCUCAAGGACACAUUUUCACGUGGAGAGAAAACCGUGGUGAAUGGUAGGACUUUGUCACUCGAGGGAAGCAAGAAAGAUCUUCGAGAAGAGAGACGGAUGCUUAGCAAGCAAAUGCAGAAAAAGUUAAGCGAAGCAGAACGAGAAAGUUUGUACCUUAAGUGGGGCAUUCUGAUCAAUAGCAAAAGAAGAAGGGUACAGUUGGCUCAGAAAUUGUGGACCAAAACAGAUGAUAUAAACCACAUUGCAGAUAGUGCCUAUUUAGUAGCAAAGUUGGCUGGGUUGAUGGAGCCAGGAAAAGGUCCUAAGGAGAUGUUUGGACUUGAUUUUCCAGGAACAAGUAGAAAUUAUAGUUUCAAAACAGGCCUGAAAUCUAUUUUGUAAUAGUAUUGAGGAACAUCUUAAAUACUUGGUGAUAUAGGCUGCCUCAUAUCUUCCAACUCCUUUUUCUUUGAUGUUCAAUCCUCUCCGUCUCUUUUUUUGUCUUUCCUUUUUGUCAUGCUAAUUGUAAUGAGUUUUAGUUUUGUACAGGAGGCCCAAAUUAAUAUUACUGAUGAUUGGAGAAAGUGUAA